UCUACAUAUGGUUGGGGGAAGCCUGGAGACUUUCCCAGUGGACUUCAGGCACAAGUCAGGGGACACCCUGGAUAGUGCACCACUCAUACUCUCACACUUCUUCUUUGGACUGGGGAAGAAACUGGAGCACCCUGGAGGAAACUCCCAGAAGCACGGGGGACAUUCAAACUCCAUGCAAACAGGCUGAAGGCAAGAAAUGAACCAACAUCCCUGGAGAUUGCAAGUCUUAUGCAAGAAUGAAAAUCCUUAAUGUGAGGAUUAGAACAAAAACAAUGAGCUCUUCAGUAUUUGUAAACCAAAGAAAGACCAUAAUCCUCCUUGUCGAAUUCACCUCACUUACUUCAGUCACACAGUCACCCUGGCAACGUUCAGAGGGCCUCAACCCCCAACCCUCAUCUCCAAACCUUUCCCUCUCUCCUCACUCUUUCUCUCCUUACUGCAUGCUGAACAUGCUAGAGAAAGUUCCAUCCAUCGAAGUGAACUGGGCUGGACAGUAGCGACAUCUGACCAGUGCUUUUGGAGUGGGAUUGAUUGUAUUUUCAGACAUGGGACCCGAAAUCCUAAAUUCUUCAAGUGAGCCCGUGAGCUUUGGUGGGAAAAGCGUCUUCUCGCAAAUGGAACACAACAUUGUUGCCGGAUACCUCAUUACUGCAUGUGUGAUCAGUUUGUCCAGUAACCUAGUGGUGCUGAUUAUGUUUGCAAAGUUUAAAGAACUGCGUAAUGCCACUAAUGCCAUCAUCAUUAAUCUGGCUUUCACUGAUGUUGGUGUAGCAGGUAUUGGUUACCCCAUGUCUGCUGCUUCUGACCUGCAUGGCAGCUGGAAAUUUGGGCAUAUUGGUUGUCAGAUCUAUGCUGCCCUGAAUAUAUUCUUUGGGAUGGCCAGCAUUGGACUGCUCACUGUGGUGGCCAUUGAUAGAUAUAUAAGCAUCUGCAGACCUGAUAUAGGUAUGAACAUAUUUGUGUUCCAACAGAGAAUCUUUUUUCAGAAUGACUUGACUAAAUUGUGCUUUUUCGUGCUUGUAGGCCAGAAGAUGACUACACACUCCUAUACACUGUUGGUUAUGGCUGCAUGGCUCAACGCAGUGUUUUGGUCCACCAUGCCCAUUGUAGGUUGGGCUAGUUAUGCUCCUGACCCAACUGGAGCCACAUGCACUAUCAACUGGAGGAACAAUGAUGCGUCCUUUAUCUCCUACACGAUGGCUGUGAUUUCUGUUAACUUUAUCAUACCACUCUCUGUCAUGUUCUAUUGCUAUUACAAUGUUUCAGUCACCAUGAAGAGGUACAAGGAAAGCAACUGCCUGGACAGUAUUAACAUCGAUUGGUCAGACCAGAUAGAUGUAACUAAGAUGUCUAUUGUGAUGAUUGUGAUGUUCUUGGUGGCCUGGUCUCCAUACUCUGUUGUGUGUCUAUGGGCAUCUUUUGGCGAUCCUAGAACGAUUCCUGCAUCGAUGGCCAUCAUCGCACCACUCUUUGCAAAGUCUUCCACCUUCUACAACCCCUGCAUCUAUGUUAUCGCCAACAGGAAGUUCAGAAGAGCCAUCGUGGGGAUGCUGCGUUGCCAGACCCGACGACAUGUCACCAUUAACAACCAAGUUCCUAUGACGAUCUCACAAAUGGCUCUUACCCAGUAACCUCUAAUAAUUCCGGCAAAGCCCAUCAUGUCCUCUGCUUAGCUCUGUGUGCUCACACUACCUAGCACCAUAGGAUUUGAAGUAGAUUGUUUGCCACUAGAUAUAAUUUAAACAUUAUGUGCAUUAUGUGAAGAGACUCUUUUAAACAGAAUUUCAGCUUGGAAAUGAACUUUGCUUCAUCAUCAUAGAAAUUUCAGUAAAGACUUAACACAAAAGAAAUACAAUUAUUUGUAGGUUGUGAUGAAAUGUAUGAACUGUUAUUUUUCUUUAAUACACUAAAUGUAAAUACAUUAAUUCUAGUUUUAUAAUGCAUUUAGUGUAUAAUAAUUAUUUUGAAUAAUGAUGAUAAUCUUCAGAACAUAUGAUCAUAUAACUCAUAUAAAUCAUAUAAACCUUUUUAGAACUAUUUUAGUUCAACCAACCGGCUCUUAAAUACAAAACAUCAAAUGUUUUUCUUAAACGUAUGUCCAGGUAAGAGUGAUUAAU